GGCGAAUGGCGCUAGUGUUUGUGUUUAUCAGAAUCGAUGAAUUUUGAGAGUAAGGAAAGUGCAUUUUCCGAUUUUCCUGUAUUUCUGGUGGCAAUGUGGUGAUUAGGGUGAAGUGAGAGUGAAUGAUUGAGAAGAUUUUCAGUGAGGAACAAUCAUGAGCCGAAAGAUUGCACUGAGUUUUCUCAUUGCCGGCUCAAUCCGGCACUUGCUGAUGUGCUCAACAUUUGCCCCGUACAUACGGGAUCGUGUGGAGGUGUCUACGCCUCUGAACUCCUGGAAAAGAGUGCUGGAAGGGGCGUAUUUGUAUGAUAAUGGAGUUGAUCCGUAUUCCGGGGAUAUGUACCAUGAGAAUCCUGUGAUUCUAGUCACAACAAAUUUCCUGAUCAAGCACUGUGCGGCUGUUAUACCUUUUCUGUUUGUUGUCAUUGAUCUCCUGGCAGCCGGCUUUAUCUAUGGUAUGGCAAAAAUUGUUGCCAGAGAUUUGCUGAGCAGACAAAAGCGAGAGAUGGCAAAUUAUGCCAAAGGGACUGAGGAACUUCAGUUGAAACCUGAAGAUUUGGGACAGAUCCCACUUUACUGUACUGUUGCAUAUCUCUUCAAUCCCUACACAAUUCUCAAUUGUGUUGGUCAGACGACCACUGUAUGGAGCAAUUUCCUCCUGGCAGCUUUUUUCUUCUUCACAGCCCGCCGGGAGAUUAUCCCUGCUGUGCUGGCCCUUGUUCUGGAAACCCAGAGAAAUUUCUAUCCUGCGGUGCUCAUUGUGCCCCUGGCGAUCAGUGUCUAUCGCAAAGAGGGGGAAGGAUGUGGCAGAUGUCGAGCAAUCCGGGCAGUUCUGUUGUUUGUAGUUUGUCUGGGAUUAGCUACAUUUUCCGGAUAUUGGAUAAUGAAGAAGUGGAGCUUCCUGGAUGCCACUUACGGCUUCAUUCUCAAUCAUCGAGAUUUGCAGCCGAAUAUUGGGCUAUUUUGGUACUUCUUCACCGAGAUGUUCGAUCACUUUCGAGAUCUCUUCCUCUGGACAUUCCAGAUCAAUGCUACAGUGCUCUAUCUUGUGCCUCUCGCACUCAAACUCCGUCACGAACCCCUCAUGCUGGCCACAGUGCUCACGGGCCUGGGAGCCAUCUUCAGAUCCUAUCCCUGUGUCGGGGAUGUAGCUUUCUACAUGGCUCUGCUGCCCAUGUGGAAGUUCGGCCAGAAGUUCAUGUCGCACAAUUUCGUCGUGGGCUGUUUCUUCAUCAUCACAUCAGUUCUGGGCCCAGUAGUUUGGCACCUUUGGAUCUAUUCAGCAUCAGCCAAUGCCAAUUUCUACUUCGGAGUCACUCUGGCCUUUGCCACAGCGCAGAUCUUUCUCGUCACAGAUCUCCUGUUUGCAUUCAUCAAGCGGGAAUUCUGCCUGAAAAAUGGCAUGACGUUCAAGAAGAAUGGCAAAGAAGCCCGCAUGACCCUUGAAUGACAUGACUACAGCAUGGACAUGAGAUUUUAAUUUCAUCCAAAUAAAAAUGUAAGUUUCUAUACAAAAAUUAUUUCUAAACAAAUUAUUGGGAGAUUGGUGAUCGAUUGUCCUCGUGACUUUGGUUCAAUUGACCCCACCUGGGGAAAACCGCAGCAUAUGGAGAGAUAGUGGACAAAAAAAGUUUGAUUAUUUUAUGUAAGACAGUUCCCCAGAUCCCCAUUUUUUUCAUUCUUUACUUUGUUAAUAAUAAUAUUGCUAAAUUCAUAAUAGACAAAUUCCACAAAUUUAGCGGUUGCUUCUUUAAGCUUUUUCUUCGCAAGACAAAACAACAUUUCCUUUGUUAUUUUUCGAGUUGAAAGAAAGGUAGAUUAAAGAUCAUAGGGGAAGAGCGUAAUGCUUCGCACAACACUCUGGCGCCGAACGAAUGAAUCUGACUUAUGGCAGAUUUAAGUCAUACAUUUCCUGAGAAAUUAGAAAAAAAUAUGAAGUGUUCGAAGCCAGAGUACGUGCGAAGCGUGAAAGCCUUCCCCUACAUUAUGGGUCAAAAAAUAAUUUUCUAAACUAAUUAUUUUAAUAAAAAUCCACAUUAGACUAUUAGGAAAAAAAUGUUACCAGCAAUAUCAUUUUUUUAUAUGCAAUAAAUUUAAUUAUGAAUUAAAGAUAAGAAUAAAAAUCUUAAGAGAGAAAAAUCAUGCUAAAAUAAA